GAUUGACCCAUGUGAACUUCUGCAAUCGUUUUCAUUUAUAAAUCUACUACUCUUUCUCCUAUAUGAAACCAAACCAAGGAUCAACCUGCAUUUCUAUCCUUUCUUUGUUUGUAUGUUUGUAUAUUAUUAGUAACCGUUAUUGUAGAUCUGAGAAAAAAUGGGGAUAGAUCCAAGGCAGAUAGUUGCAGGUGUGCUUACAGUCACCAUGUUUGUAAUGCUUGGAAACAUGGUGAAGCGUGAGCACUUUGAUGCUCCGAUUUCUCAUCACGUCAAUCACGCCGGAUCGACUCAAAGUUUCGACGAUAACACAGAUUUAGAGAAGAACUUUGCAGUCAAUAGCGACGGUCAAGUUAAGGAGGAAGGCAAUAUCCUCAGGCCUUGCUGGUCAAAAUCAAUUUUAGAAGAACCAGAAGAGACCAAAGGAUAUGUCACUUUCUCAUUAACCAAUGGACCUGAAUAUCAUGUUUCUCAGAUUACAGAUGCAGUAAUAGUGGCAAGAUACCUAAAGGCAACACUUGUGAUUCCAGACAUUAGGGGAAGCGAACCUGGUGAUCGGAGGAAUUUUGAAGAUAUUUACGACAUUGAGAAGUUUGUAAGUAGUUUAGAAGGAGUGGUAAAAGUAGCAAAAACUCAGCCUGCCGAAUUAUCAACUAAAAAUCUUGCUGUUUUGAGAAUCCCAAAUCGAGUAACCGAAGAUUACAUUGCAAGUGAAAUCGAACCCGUGUUUAAAACCAAAGGAAACGUAAGGUUGGCAACUUACUUCCCUUCCGUAAACAUGAAAAAGACGCGUACACCUGAACCCGAGGAAAGAAAUUCCGUGGGAUGUUUGGCCAUGUUUGGAACACUUGAGCUGCAGCCCGAGGUUCGUGAAGUGGUUGACUCGAUGAUUUCGCGGCUCAAAACCUUGAGCCGCAAUUCAGACAGCGAGUUUGUUGCAGUCGACUUGAGGCUCGAUAUGUUGGAACAAAAGGGUUGCCAAGGUUCAAAAAAAUGCUAUGGCCCACAAGAGAUUGCAUUGUUUUUGAAGAAGUUAGGGUUUGACAAAAACAGUGCUAUUUAUUUGACACAGUCAAGGUGGGAUAGCAAUUUGGAUACAAUAAAAGAUUUGUUCCCAAAGAGUUACACAAAGGAAGGGAUCAUGCCAAUGGCAAAGAAGGAAAAGUUUUUGGGAUCAGAUUCUUCAGAAUACGAAAAGGUGAUCGACUUUUACGUAUGUUCAGAGAGUGAUGUGUUUGUACCCGCGAUUUCAGGGUUGUUUUAUGCAAAUGUUGCGGGUAAAAGAAUAGGUUUAGGGAAGACGAAAAUAGUGGUUCCUGAUGAUUCUGCUUCUGGUUCUGCUAAUAUCGGGAACUAUCUUUCGCGAUACGUAUCAAAGAAGACUCACAUGGCGUACACGUGUUUCUGUUAGAACGAUACGAAGUCUUUCAAUCGGUUGAGUUGAAUGGAAUAAAUGCUUGUAGAAUCCAUAGAUUGAUGAGACUGCUUGUUUUUUUGUUUGUUUUGUUAAGAUUGAUUUUGAUAUAUUUAUUAAAGAAAGUGACAAACAAUGAAUGGUGUGUUGUAAACCUUUGAGUUCAAAUUUGUGUCAACAUGUCUUGUACUAAUGUCUUAUCUUGGAGAAGAAGAU